AAAUGACUGAAGGCAGGAUGGCUCUGAUUGUUUUUUCUCGUAAAUUGGUUAUCGAUGACGUUCUUGUAUUGCGCUAAGUAAAUUGUGCAAAUCCAAAUAAUAUCAAAUUGUGAACUUGUGAAGAUCGUUAUCAAAAGAAGUCGAGUUUUGGCUACUGUUGCAUGCUUUUCGCAUGUAUGGGUUUCCUGUUUAAAUUGAAUUUUGUAUUUCAAAUUCAGAAGAAUGGCUCGUAUUCGUUGUGAUAAAAUCGGAAUUGCUUCGUUCGAAGAAGCAAACGUGGAUGAUCUCCAUAGCUCUGUUUUUGAAACGAUGAACGAUUAUAGAAAACAGAAUCUUUUCUGCGACGUAACCCUCGACAUCAACGGUACCUUAUUUCCUUGCCAUCGUCUCGUUCUAACCAUCAUGUCUCCUUAUUUUCGCACCAUGUUCAACGGAAAUUUCAAAGAAGGUAGUUCUAAAGUCGUCCCCAUGCAAGAUAUUGACGCCGAGAUCAUGGAAAUUAUUCUGCACGCAAUCUACACAGCUCGAAUUCAUUUGCUUCCAAAAAAUGUUUAUUUCGUAUUGAAAGCGAGUCAUUUGCUUCAACUGGACUCGAUUUUCAACGUAUGCGUUGAUUGUAUUAUGAAGAACGUGACUUUCAUUUAUUACCUGCCUGAAACCUGUUUGUUCGCAAAUUCCAUCAAAUCAAAAGCACUGUAUGCUAAAUGUGUAGAAGCGUUGGCUGCAGGUUUUUUAAACUGGGGAAAAACUGACGGUUUUUUGAAUCUGUCCUUUGAUAUAAUAAGUGAAAUAUUACUAAAUGUUCGUUCGAAAAGUAGAAAUUCGGAUGACGGAAUACUCGCCAUAAUCAUCAAAUGGUGUAAACAUAAUGACGUUAGUCGGAAAAACAUGAAGGUACUUUUGAAAGCACCAAAAUUCAACAGUAAAUCCUUCGAAAUAUCUGCGAUUCCCGAAUUAAUUGUUGCUGCGAAAGGCGAAGAUUGCGAUAAAUGUGCGGAAAAUACAUUACCAUCGAGUGAUUUGAAUCUGGUCCUCUAUUUAAAUGCUGUUGACGUGAAAAGUGGAGCAAAAGGAUGGGCAACAUUGAAGUUGAAUGAAUCAUUUGACAAAUAUACGUUGUCAAAUUUUCGAGCCUCGGAUUCUCCAUACAGAAAAGUAUGCUCAAUUGGGACGAAGAUUUACUGCUUCGAAGUGAAUGCCCAAAUGGGAAGAUACUCAUUUUCGUGUUUCGAUGAAAGCGGUGGAAUAGCUGAUGAUCUGCUAGUGCCGAAUGUGUAUGGCAGUUCUACUUCAAUUGGAUACUAUAUUCUUUCGGGCGACUACGUUGAUUACGAAUUGAUAGCGGAUGCGAAGGAAAAUAAGAUUUAUUUGUUAUACGGACUUCUCGAUACUGAAAUUUGGGUUUACGAUUGUGAACUAAACUCGUGGCAAGGCGACACGUUCAAAGUACUUGUCUCGGAGUUAAGGGGAUUACAAGCAGCUCUGUAUGAUUAUAAGGAGUGGUUUGCCGUCUCGUUUUUCGAUCAUGUUUUUUAUUUUGUUGGAUGCCAACGCUAUUACUCGAUUGGGUGCGAUGAACGUAGAAAUAUUCUGACAAUCGAUACUCGAACUCCUACAGUUAGAAAUCUUGUACCAUUCCCAAAAUUCAAACAUCUUAAUGCCGCCGUCUGCGAAUUCGAUGGAAAACUAGCGAUUUCAGGCUCUGAUUACGAUGGUAUUUUACGUAAUGCUUUUAGUAUUUACGACGUGAAGACCGAAGAAUUGACAACCGAUCUGAAACCUAUGAACGAGGGCAGAGCUGGACACAAAAUGAUUCAUCAUAAUGGAUUCAUCUACGCGCUGGAAAACAGCCCAUUUAAUAGAAAUGAAAAAUACGAUACGAAGCUGAACAUGUGGAUCGAGAUUCCAAAGUUGCCGGAACGAGUACAGUUCGUAAAUACGGAAGGCGUUGAUAUGACAAUUGCUUUCACUAGUGUGUUGAAUGUUGAGUCAAUUUCUCUGUAGGAUUAGUACCUAUUUGAGACUCAGAUAUUUUAAGAAUAGUUUUGAUCAUAUUUUAUUCUUUUUUUACUUUUCUAAUUAUGCUUUUUAUUUUUAUUGUUGUGAUUGAGAUUCCGAUACCUCAAUAAGUAUGCAGUCUCAUCUUUUGUUAUUUUUUUUUUAUGUGUGUAGAUAUUUGUUUGAAUAAAUCUAAGUUCAUUUUA